AUGGCCUCCUACGACAACCACGCCGACGCUCACCAUGCAUCCUACCCACCGACCUACGAUCACAGUCAUGUGCCUGCCAACCACGACUAUGACUCGCAGUACCGCCCAACUGUUCGUGGCAGAUCGCGCGCACCGUCCAGUGUCGGUUCUGACAGGCACGCCCCACCCUCUCAGCAACCGCUCAAGAAUGCGAUUGGAAAUGCCUUUGAAAAGUCGGACGCAGCGCGGGUCGUGGAUCCAAACCUGAUUGCCCAGAUCACCGAGCAAGUCAAGAAGUCGGUGCUCGAGGAAAUCAAGAUGAGCGUCGCAGCCAGUGUGACACAAGCGCAGCCUGCUGCGCAGCCUUAUGUACCACCUUCGCCCGCCUCGACCACUGCUUCGGUCCCAACCCGAGAUGUCUACACCCCUCCAUCACCAAAGCGCGCUGAGCACUCAGCCCACGCCUCUCCAAGUCCAGACCCCCUAGUUCGCGACCCUCUUCUUGACGGGAACCACGAUACGCCGACUCCGCGAAACGAAAGGAGCGCACCUGUCGACAUUCCAAUCGAGCGACCCGCACGGCCUGCGCCCGCAGUGAGGAUGAUGACAGAGGACUAUACGCCGAUCGAGAAGAUGUGGCAGAGGUUGUUUGAUACUGACGGCCAGCCCCUGCCACGCCUAGGGGAAUUCUUGCGGGGCCUAGCCUUACAUCUUGUGGAGGAUUAUGAGCCCAAGCGCAGCCUGGUCAUCACUCCCGCAAAGAUGCUCAAGUUCUACGAGGAGGUGAAGCUUCCAGACGAGACAUAUCCAUGGCAAGAACAGCCUCACAUUCCCGCUCUUACACCUGAAGGCUUCCAGGAAUGGAUGACUGCGAUGAUACAGGCAUAUCCCGACGUUGAGUAUCGGCGCAUCUCAAAAGCAGUACUUGACAUGCCGAUCAGCAACGCAGAUGACCGCAAAGAACGUUUCCCCAAAGAACUACCGCGACGAAUGUUCCCUUUUGUCGAGAACCUGCACGCGCAGCAGCGAUGCGCCGCAGCACUCUCCUCAGAGGGUGUCGGUCCACUGCGCAGAGCUCCAACGUUCCCUCCCCCACCCCCACCACCAAAGGCCCAACCUACCAGUACGAAUACAGAACGGGAGCGCAACCCGUACGCGUCACAGCCAGAGCCGAGAAGCUUCUCCGAAGACGAGAUUAUUGAACCAUCACCCUCAGUACCGAUCGAGCGGCAGCGAAAGCCAUAUGCAGCAACCCCUGGUGGCGGCAAGCUUUAUGAAGACGACCUAAAUCGGAGCGCUACAGCCGAUGCAGCUACACAGGAUCAACGUAAGCGGAGACAAUCUACAGCAGGUCAAGGGCCCUUCGCUCCACCACCAGCUGAGCCGUACGGCGAGACUCAGCCUCGAGGAGGACAACAAUCAAACUCACGACGAACUAGAAGCCCUAGUUUCUCCAACCACGGCACGCAGUCUGAUCCAACUGUACGGGAUAUUCCCAAUAGCUAUUAUGCUUCCAAUCUUCACAGCUACGACGACGAUGCUCGCCGAUACGGCAAAGACGCCGACACCAAGAGGCGGGAUCAGCAUUAUCGAAGCACCGCAGGUACAGACAGCUCCUACGACUCGCAAACCCGUUCAGUGUAUGAGGACGACGAAUGUCGAAGCCGACACGGUAGCAGCGGCUACGAUAAUAGGGGCUACGAUUCGCGCCGCUAUUAG